UUUUUAAAAGUGUUCGUAUGCAUCCAUUAACUUGUUCAUGAUCGUAAGUACUUGCUGCUCUUCCUUUCUAUUUUUUUUUUUUUUUGAAGGGUGAUGCUCUUCCUUUCUCAAUACUAAAAAUGCCGUAUUCUUUCUUUAAUAUACUCAAAAUGUUUUCGAUUCACUGCCCUUUUGUUAUUCUACCAAAAUUAAUUAAUGGCAAUUGACAAAGAGGGUGUCUGGCGAAGAAAUCCACGUUAACUCCACGUUUCCUUUUGUUUUCGAAAGUUGAAAUUUUUUUGCGCGAUCCUAACUUGAGUUUCUCCUCUGAAUUCUGAUCAUCUAAAAUUCAAUCCACUUUUGGUUUCGUUUUAAAGAUAUUUUAUCCCAACCGGCUUUGAUAUCUCUUUCUUUCUCUCUCCAAUCCCGGAAAGUGAAUUAUGUUGACGUCUGAGGCUGAAAGGGAGAUAUCCGGAAGUGCAAGUGUUGGUGAUGGUUAUGAUGAUGACUACGAUAAUCCAGAAUCUGGCAGUGUUGUGUCCCACACUCGCAUAAGUGAUUUUGAUGGACGUGCGUGUAAAAGGGAUUUCGUGAUGGCAAAGGUAAAGCAGGUGGUCUUGUUUCCAUUUGCAAAGUUUAAUAAGAAGAAGAAGAAAAAAACAAAAACCAGUGCGAAGAUGCCUUCUUUCUCUUCUUCCGGUAAAAGGGUUGGUUCAGGCGGUGGUUUCUGCAGUGGCUUUUGUUGCACGCAGCCCCGUACUUUGGAAUCACCAGCUGAUUCCAAAACUAGCGACCCCAAUGAUCCCACCUUCACAUAUGAGAUGCUUAAAGCUUUGAUUGAGAGCAAUCAUUUCUACUCUGAAGACUGCAAUCCCCAUUCAUGAUGGAGAUGCAUCAGAGGAGGGUGUCAAUUUGGUCGCCAGCUGAAAAAAUUGGAAAAACUCAUGAAUGGGGAUAUUCAGUAUUUAAGAAGCAGGCAUGUCAACUUUCAUCAUAACCGUUGAACUUGCUACAGCCAAUAGGUUUGUUCUCCCAAGUCUGCCAUAGAGGUAUUUCAAUAAGAUUUUUUGAACUAAUUAUUGACUGUCUAGAAGUUGUUCACUUAUUUAUAGCUAGGGCUUCAAUGUGCGGUGACUGUUAGGCUCAGAUUACAUAUUGAGAGCCCUGAACUGAAGUAGUACAUGGAAAUUGUAACAUGUAAUUGUUUCAGUGAUCUGAUAAUAAGUAAAGUAUUGAGAAGAGAACCAUCGGAGAUGAGGAGCAUGGGGGAUUGUAAUUCUGUUUUAAUUAUUUGAAAAUAGUUUAUUUUUCUGGGCAAGCUUGUAGAUCAAUACAGAAACUAUUUAUGAAUUGAUGAUGUUUUCCAGAUGGAUUUCUCAUUUAUCAAGCAGUUAAAAACAAAAAAACAUAAAAUCCAAAUGAUACAAUUUGUUUUCACAAAAGAGCAAAAGACCGUAAAUAUGGAUAUUUCUGAUAAGGCAAAAGUAGGUAGCCUGCCUACAGUGGAAGGAGAUCUUCCUGAUGCUGAGAUUGGAAAGGUGCUAUUGAGAUUCGCUCCUGAACAAGCAGUUAUCUUCAUGUAGGGCACUCUAAAGAAUCCCUAUUAAAUGAGUACUUUGCUCAACGGUACCCAGGUGAAGGAAUCUUGCGCUUUGAUGAAACAAAUCUCAUUGAAGAAAGUGAUGAAUUUGUAGAAAAUAUUAAAAAGAUGUUGAGACAUUGGACAUCAAGUAUCAAAAGGUCACUAUACUUCAGAUUUCUUCUCAAAGUUGAUGGAUAUGUCUGAAAAGUUAAUACAAGAAGGUGAAGCCUAUUUGGAAGAUAUGCCAAUUGAGGAAAUGCAAAAAGAAAGGAUGGAUGGCAUUAAAUCAAAAUCUAGGAACAACAGUGUCGAGGAGAAUUUAAUGCUGUGAAAGGAAAUCAAUGCUGGAUUUGAAAGGGGGCUUGUAGUGCUGUCUUCAUGGAAAGUUAGACAUGCAAGACCCAAACAAAUCUCCUAGGAUCCAGUGUAUUACCGCUGCAAUCUAGUUCCCUGCCAUCCAAUUGGAUCUAAGUACCAGUUAUAACCAACUUAUGAUUUUGCUUGUCCUUUUGUUGAUGCUGAAAAGGUAUAAGACAUGCACUCUGAUCUUGUGAGUAUUGCAAGGCUCAAUACCAUAGGAUUCGAGAGGAUAUGGGAAUGCAAAAGACAUAUAUAUUAGUUUAGUUGAUUGAAUAUGGUAUAUAUGCUUCUUGGUAAGCAUAAGCUGCUCUGGUUUGUGCAAAAUGGUAAAGUAGAUGGAUGAGAUGAUCCCUGUUUCCCAACUGUCCAAGCAAUUGAUCACCGAGGUCUGUAACUAGAGGCCUUGAUACAAUUUAUUUUGGAACAUUUAAGUUUGCAUGGCUGUUAAU